AUGUCCGCCGUCAACGGAGACUCAUCCUUCCCUACGGAAAUGUCGGAAGACGAACGCUAUCUUUUCGAUUUGAAUGGAUAUGUAAUUGUUCGCGGUGUUCUCACGCCUGAACAGGUGGAAGAAGCCAACGCUAUGAUUGACAAGCACGAAAGCGAGAUGAUCCAGCGGUCCGAUGCUGCCUUGCGCAAUGCUGUGAAAGGGACAAAGCUUUACGGGUCCGGUCCAGGCCGUAAGGAUUUGGGUCAAGUUUUGGAAUGGGGAGCCGACUCCAAGCUCUUCAAAUCGAUUCUCGCUCAUCCUCGGCUCGUGCCACUAUUCCAUGGUAUUAUCGGGAAAGGGUAUCGAAUGGACCAUUUGCCUUUCGUAAUUGCUCAAGACAAAGGCGCAGAGGGCUUCCAGCUUCACGGUGGAACGAUCGAUUGUACGUCGGGCGAAUACAACCCACAUUUGGCCUAUACGUACCACCACGGAAUGAUUCGGAGUUCCCUUCUCGGAUGCAACGUCAUGCUGACGGAUCACAAUCCCGGUGACGGCGGUUUCUGCAUUGUUCCCGGUAGUCACAAAUCCAAUUUUAAAAUGCCCAAGGGAAUGGUGGACGGCGAAAAAUACGACGAGUUCAUCCGACAACCGGCAACCAAAGCCGGUGAUGUUGUACUCUUUUCCGAAGGUACCAUACACGGAGCUAUGGCUUGGACGCCAGAAGAGCGACAGCGCAGGGUGUGCUUGUACCGAUUUUCGCCCGCUACGAACGUCUACGGUCGCUCCUACUUUGGGCACGAAGGGGGCGGUUGGCCCGAUGCGAUAUAUGAUGACUUGACCGAAGCGCAGCAAGCCGUGCUGGAACCGCCGUAUGCUAACCGUCUGGACCGUCCUAAUAUAAGAGAUGACGGUACCCACGCGAAAGAAACAGCACGAUAG